AGGUAAUUCUUGGUCGUCGCUUCCUUUUCUCUUCUUCCUCUAUUCUCGUCUUCAAAAUCAGUGAUUCGGAACUUUGAUUCUUCUUCCCUCCAACCAAUUACCUUUCUGCAUCGAAUACUGCAUUUUCAUCAACAUAUACCACGCGUACAUUGCUACGAAUAGCAUACAUUCCGCCGUAUUCGAGACUCUCCCCGACGACCGCAACCCAAACACAACUUCACCAUGAAGUUCUUCAGCGCCGCCGCUGCACUAUUGGCCGCAGUACCCUUCACCAACGCCUACUGGAAAGGCUUCAACAUCGCCGCAAACAACCCGGACGGAUCAUGCAAAACACAAGCACAAUGGGCGUCCGCCUUCCAAAAACUCUCCUCGCUGCCUGGUCACUUCACGUCUGUCCGCCUGUACGCAUCGAGUGAUUGCAACACACUGGCUCUUGCUGUCCCUGCCGCCCUCUCAACAGGUACCCAACUGCUCGUUGGUGUCUGGGCCGAGGAUGCUGCCCACUUCAAGGCAGAGAAAGAUGCACUCGAGAGUGCCAUCAAGAGAUAUGGUCAAGAUUGGAUCAUUGCCAUUAGUGUUGGUAGUGAAGAUUUGUACCGCAAAGACACCAACCCUGGAGCACUCGCCCAAAAGAUUUAUGAUGUCCGUGGCAUGGUUCGUGCUAUGGGUGUGAAGAAAGACGUUGGACACGUCGAUACCUGGACGGCAUGGGUAGAUGGUGCAAACACUGAGGUCAUUAAGGCAUCCGAUUUUAUCGGUCUUGACGCAUACCCGUACUUCGAAGGAAGCAGUAUCGAGAACGCGAGCAACACCUUCUGGAGCGCAAUCAACAAGGUCAGAAACGUUGUCGAUAAAGUCUCUCCUGGAAAGUGGGUUUGGGUCACCGAGACUGGCUGGCCCGUCAGCGGUCCAAACUACGGCAAUGGUGUCGCCAGUGUUAAGAACGCUCAAACAUUCUGGAAGCAGGUCGCCUGCGCUGCCUUCAAGCAGAUCCACAUUUUCUGGUAUGUUCACCAGGACUACCAAGAAUCACCCAGUUUUGGUGUCAUCGACCGUAACGGAAAGGCCAUCUACGACAUUCAGAACUGUUAGAUGUUGGAUAGAUGAAGUGGUGGAGGAAUUGCCGUUUUUAUACCCUGUAUCUUGAUACAUUCUGUAACGAAGCUUUUGUUAACAUUCAAAUCGAUGUAUUCGAGUUCGAAGGAUGCAUUUGUAUACAGGUGAUCAGAUUGAGAGUGCUCGAGGACCCGUUCAUAAUGCAGAUUACUUUUGAUCCAG